AUGGGUGAAAGGAAAGCGCCAUCAUGCCUUGGUUGUCGAGAGAAGAAGAUGCAGGCAGGAAAAGAAACACAAAUAAACAACAGAAGAUUCCUCUGGUACGAAAUCGAGUUGGAGAUGAAGGGAAUCGGAAGGAGCAUCCUUGCUCGAGACGAAAUUUGCGAAGAAGAGGAAGCCAAGGCCAAUCCGAGAGAGCAAACAAGCGAUGAUAGCAGCUCUGGUGAGGUUCUCGGCAGUCCUCGUUCAACCAGAGAAGGGGAGGUGCAAAGGGGAAGCUGUGAAUUAACUCAAAGACAUAGAUCUAAAGGAAAUAAAGAAGAGAAUGGAUGGGUUUUUCAUAUUUGGUUGUUGAUUCUUGACAACAAGAGAAGUAGAAAAGAUGAAGGCAGGAGUGGUUCUUGGCAGGAAUAAGGAGGAAGAAGAAAAAGACGGGUUGCUGACCUCUUGGUGUUUCCUGACAGCUUCAAUUGAGAAGGGAAAUGCCAACACGUUUUUCUUUGUGUCUAACUUUGGGUGUGGAAGAAUUAAUAGUUUUCAAUUUGUGUAAGCAUGAAUCUUUUAAGGAUUUUUGGAGAGUACAAACUCUAUUCCUUUAUGUGUGAAUUGUGUGGGUUGGUUUAGUGUAUAUUUAUGUACAUUGUUGGUCC